AUUCAGUUGUAUCGCAGCUUGCGAUCCCGAUGGGUGUCGUUCCUUCCUUUAAAGUUGAGUUGAAAGCGUUUCAAGAAAAGCGUGUUUUGUUUCGAAAAAAAUUGAAUAAAAUUUUUUUUUGAGUGAAAAAAAAAUUUCAUUACGGAUUUUUUAUUUUGGAGAAAAAAUUUAAGUGAUGUCGACCUCGAAUCAGCGAUUUUCGUCGAUGCCCCCCGGCAUUCUGGACUCUCCUACGCUCGCCAGGGUUGAAAGAGCAAUCUUGCGACACGAGCAGGACGUUGUACUCAGGAAUGGGGGACAUAGGGAGCACACCCAAAGUAGUAUCCCUUAUCAACAGUCUCUUCUUUCUAAUUAUGGGAGAGAAGGUCAUACAGCAAUAAAACGUGGGUUAUUAUGGCAACAACGAGGAAAAAUGUUUAGUAGAUGGAAGGAACGUUAUUUUAUCUUAACGCGGGAUUAUCUCCAUUGCUUUAGAAGAGCUUCCGGGGCGGAUCGGAUCUCCGAUAUGGGCCAGUUCCUCUUCAAAAUCAAACUUAUGGAGCUAACACGAGUCGAAUGGGAGAACAAGAAGACUUAUAGCACGGUCGCUUUGAUCCUCGACCGAGACAAUAAGAUAUAUCUCCGAGCUUCCGACGGUUUAGAGGAUUGGUUUGAACUUUUGGAAGAAUGCACUCUUAUCAGUAAAGAAAGGAGAAGAAAUCAAAGGUUUUCUGUUGAUAGUAAAGCCAAAGAUGUUAAGAUGUCGUCGUCUUUUGAUAACUGGAUAGCUGCUAGACAAAAAAUUCCAACGGAACAGAAGCAGUACACCGAUACUGUUAGCACGAACCAAAAUUCGGUUAAAGAGGAUUGCUGGUUACCGUCGGAGGAUGAAAGCGAGAAUCCCAUUUACAACAAUCGAUUAUCACUGUUAACCGAUAUUGAUAUUAACGCUUACGACACGGAUACAUUGGAAGCAAUUUCUGUAACUUCUUAUAGAAUGAGUGAAGACAUCCUAUGUAUACAGCCACCUUAUCUAAGAGUUUCCGGAUCGUUUAGGUCCAGCAGAGAACCCGUCAGGGAGGUUAAAAGGCCCAAAGAAGUCCCCCCGGAGGUCGCUCCGCAACAGCUUAUAAAAUUUCGAGAGCGUUCGUACAGCGACAUCCAGCGGGUAGACAGAAGACAGUGGCGCGCGAGAUACAACGGCGAGUAAACAGAUGGAGCCGCUAGUCACGAUUAUUUCAUCGUUUAUAAAUCUGCUCUGUGGACGAUGUUCAUUCCCGUUUUUAAAUUAUAUUAUUAUCGAUGUUAAUGAGAAUGAGGAGUCCCUUUAUUGCUGUAUUACAAAGGGCCCUUGUAACCCUGUCCUACCAAAGAAAAAUAAAUGUAUGAGAAAUCGGGACGCUCGAUUUUCUCCUCUUCAUAUCCAAGUGUAUCUCGAUUUUUAGAUAUAGAAUGGAUAGAUGUUAUUUAAAUUUUUAUUAAUAUUAAUAGAUAUUAAUAGAUGGCGAUAUUUUUCGUUUUUUUUUGUAAGUUUUAGGACAUGAUCUGUUUAAAUUGGUUUAUUUUCAUUAUUUGUGGAUGAAUAAAUAAUCAAUAAAUAAAAUA